AUGAAGAUAUCCCCCCAGGCGGUUCUUCUUUUUCAACAAGAAGUGAGACGUCAGCUCGUGUCCCUUGACCUUGGCCCUCCCAACAAGGUCGUGAACAGAAUCGUUAGCCGAACUCGUUUGCCGCGAAUUCAGCAGCGCGAUCUCACCAUUCAUCGAUCCCCUGUCCUUCGUCAGGCCGUACCAGCUUCGGUACCACAGCAUGAAACUAUCUCCCUCGAUCCACCUGCUGAAACCUCAUUUUCAUCAUGGGAGCCUUUCCGAAGUCCUGCCUAUGCUCCCACCAACAGAGCGCCAGCGUCACUGGGUCAUCUGCCGGUUUCUUGCCCCGGUUGUGGUGCUCUGACUCAAGAGGUAAAUGCAGAUGAAGCUGGCUUUUAUACAAGAUCGAGGAAGUCAGUCAAGGACUACAUACGCCUCGCCAAACGCGUGCGGGCUGUUAGUGAGCACGAAGUGGUCCGAGCCGGCGCAGACCAGGAGAAACUGCUCGAAGAUGACUCCCAGCAGCAGGAUCUGAGGCCCAGGAUCACAGGCUUAGAUCUAGACCAGGGACAGCAAGAUCGGCAGGCCGUUGUUGAACAAAAUGUUCCCUUCUGCGAUCGCUGCCACAAUUUACUUCACCAGUCGAAAGGGGUGCCAAUUGCCCAUCCGACCAUUGAAUCCAUCGCAGAAACCAUAGAAGAGUCACCUUUUCGUCGAAACCAUGUCUACCACGUUCUCGAUGCCGCGGACUUCCCUCUUUCCCUCACACCAUCAAUCUUCAACCGGCUUUCACUUGCCCGUCCUCGAAGUCAGAACAGGCGAUCGCAGCACGACUUCUCCACCAAGCCAACCAUCUCAUUCAUCAUAACGCGAUCAGAUCUCUUAGCUCCGCAAAAGGAGAUGGUCGAUUCUCUCAUGCCAUACUUCAUAUCCGUGCUUCGGGACGCUCUCGGCCGCAAGGGACAGGAUAUGCGAUUGGGAAAUGUUCAUCUUGUCAGUGCCAAAAGGGGGUGGUGGACAAAGGAAAUCAAAGAGUCCAUAUACGAGCGCGGAGGCGGUAACUGGAUGGUCGGCAAGUUCAACGUGGGCAAAAGUAACCUCUUUGAGGUUCUCUUUCCAAAAGGCCAUGACGAACAAGCACCCAUCUACUCUCAAUUGCAAAAAGACGCAGAACAAGACUAUUCACACCUCCUAUCAGCCCCCCCAUCUUCCUUAACAGACACACCAGACCAUGUCCUCUUCUCCGAAUCCUCCCUCCUCCCUCCACCCCAACCCUCAACGCCCUACCCAACCCUCCCCCUUGUUUCUCCUCUUCCAGGAACGACCGCCUCCCCGAUCCGCCUCCCCUUCGGCCCCUCCCGCACCAACCCCAAAGGUGAACUCAUCGACCUCCCAGGCCUCCCCCGCGGCAACCUCUCCCACUACGUCACCCCCGAACACCACCGCACCCUCCUAAUGGAACACCGCCCCACCGUCACCCAACACGUCCUCAAACAAGGCCAAUCGCUCCUCCUAGGCGGCGGUCUAAUGCGCAUCACUCCCCUCACAACACCAACCUCGAACCCCAACGACGAAACCGUCAUCCUAGCCUACCCCUUCACUCCGCUCCCCGUCCACGUCACAUCAACCGAGAAAGCCGACAUGACGCAACGACAGCUUCGUGAAUCAGGCAUCAAAACCCUCCUAGCCCCCGAAGCAGGGGAAUCGAUCAAGUCAGCCGGUAUCUUUGCGCUGGAUACCGACGUGACGAAAUCUAGAUCUGGGGCAUUGUUGAGGGCCGGGGUGCCGUUGAGCAAGCUGCCGUUCAGAGUCAAGGGGACAGACAUCCUGCUUGAGGGCGUUGGGUGGGUGGAGUUGGUCUGUCAGGUUAGGCAUCGAAGGAGGCGGGGGGUUCAACACGAAGAAGGCCAGGCGGAGACGAGACAAAACAGUGAUAAAGAGUGGAAUGGAGGAGGUGCAGAUGUAGGUGCAGGCCGAAGGAGAGAUGCAUUGUCCAUCCUCGACGACCCGUCCCCACCACCCCCACCUGCGCCGUUCUCGAUCUCUUCACCGAGCCGGCCCUACAACAACCCAAGAUACCACGGCAGCAGAUGCCAAGAAGACGAGUUCCCCACGCCUCAAAUCGAGGUCUUCACGCCCGAAGGCCGAUCUGUCGGUCAGCGCCGCACGAUGGGGGCGUGGAUGCUGAUCCAUGGGGCCAGGAAGCCGGGGCAGAGGAAGACGAGGAAAAGUAGCCUCAAGGCGAGGCCGAGGAGGAGUAUGAAGGGGAUGAAGAAGCGGGGGAAGAUGGAGGAGAGGGAGAGGGCGAGGGUGAGGGAGGGAGGAGGUGCGGGAGGUGGAGAGGAGGGGUGA